CAAUAUAGCAACAUUCAGCUGAUGGGAACAGUCGCGAGGUGCCGCACACUGGCGACCGAUUCCAUGGCAACAGCAAUGGCAGAAGUCGAGACGCGUCAGAGAUUGCUGCGCACCGUCAAGAAAGAGGUGAAGCAGAUCAUGGAGGAGGCUGUCACCAGGAAGUUUGUUCACGAAGACAGCAGCCACAUUGUGUCCUUCUGUGCUGCUGUGGAGGCCUGCGUGCUACACGGGUUGAAGAGGAGAGCUGCAGGGUUCCUGCGCAGCAACAAGAUGGCCGCUCUCUUCACCAAGGUGGGCAAGAGCUUUAGCCCCGCAGAGGAAGUCUGCAGGAAGGCUCAGGAGCUGGAGCACCUCGUGGAGAACAAACGAAGCCAGACCCUGCCCAGCCAGGAUAGUUUACGCCGGCUUCCCAAGUUCCCUCUCCUCAGCCCCCAGCUCGUCAAACACCUGUGGAUCCGCACGGCUCUCUUCGAGAAGGUUCUGGAUAAGAUCGUGUUGUACCUGGUGGAGAACAGCAGUAAGUUCUACGAGAAGGAGGCUGUUCUAAUGGACCCUGUAGAUGGCCACAUCCUGGCAUCUCUGUUGGUGGGUCCGUGUGCUCUGGAGUACACCAAGAUGAAGACGGCCGACCACUUCUGGACAGACCCCUCGGCUGACGAGCUGGUGCAGCGCCAUCGCAUCCACAGCGGCCACUGCAGACAGGACUCUCCCACCAAGAGGCCCGCGCUCUGUAUCCAGAAGAGACACUCCAGCAGCAGCAUGGACGAGCGCCCCUCUCCCUCCCCCUCAGCCAGGGACUACGUGGAGUCCCUCCACCAGAACAACCGCGCCACGCUGCUGUUCGGCAAGAACAACGUCCUCGUACAGCCGAGGGACGACAUGGAAGCCAUCCCAGGAUACCUCUCUCUCCAUCAGACCGCAGAGGUCAUGACCCUGAAGUGGACGCCCAAUCAGCUGAUGAACGGCUCUGUGGGAGACCUGGACUACGAGCACAGUGUUUACUGGGACUACGCCAUGACCAUCCGCCUGGAGGAGAUUGUCUACCUGCACUGUCAUCAGCAGGGUACGUCCUCAUCCACCACACGCCACCCAGAACCCUCAUCCCUCAUCCCCCACACACACACCCAGAACCUCAUCCCUCAUCCCCCACACACCACCCAGAACCUCUCUCUCUGUCUCUCUGUCUCUCUCUGUGUCUCUCUCUCUGUCUCAGAGGCCAUGGCCUUCAGCUGUUUCUCUGAGCUCAUGAAGAGGAUGAAUCAGAACUUCCCCCACGGAGGAGCCAUGGACACCCACUUUGCCAACAUGCGCUCCCUCAUCCAGAUCCUUGACUCUGAGCUGUUUGAGCUCAUGCACCAGAACGGAGACUACACCCACUUCUACUUCUGCUACCGCUGGUUCCUUCUGGACUUCAAGCGAGAGCUGGUGUACGAUGAUGUGUUUGCUGUCUGGGAGACCAUCUGGGCGGCCAAAUAUGCCUCCUCCACUCACUUUGUGCUCUUCAUUGCCCUGGCCCUGGUGGAGAUAUACAGGGACAUCAUCCUAGAGAACAACAUGGACUUCACUGACAUCAUCAAGUUCUUCAAUGAGAUGGCAGAGCACCACAGCAGCAGGCAGGUGCUGAGCCUGGCCCGGGACCUGGUGUGGAAGGUGCAGACGCUCAUCGAGAACAAGUGAUCCAGCGUUCCAGUCUCUCUCCCCUGCCCGGCCUCCCUCCCUCCUCCGGCCUCCUCUGGCCUACCUCCCUCCCUCCCUCCUCUG